CACAUCCUCAUCAGCAUAAGCUGUCAUUUGUUUCAUUCAUCUUGGGCCAUUCUGAUGGGUUUAAGAUGAAAUCACAAAGUAGUUUUGGUUUUCAUUUCCCUGAUGACAUUUCUUUAAGUGUUUCUCAGCCAUUUGUGUUUGAUCUUUUGAGAACUCUGUUUAAUUCCAUAACCCAUUUUGAAUUAUUUGCUUUCUUAAUGUCCAGUUAUUUAUACAUUUUAGAUAUUAACUUUCUAUUGGAUGUGUAAAGGUCUUUCCCCAUUCUGUAGCAUGCUACAUAUGUCCUAAUUCUAUCCUUUGCAAUACAGAAGCUUUUCAGUUACAUGAGGGCCCAUGUAUUAAUUGUUGGUCUUAGUGCCUGUGCUAUCAGUGUUCUGUUCAGAAGUCUUUUCCUGUGCCAAUGAGUUCAAGACUAUUCCCCACUUUCUCUUCUAUUAGAUUCAGGGGAUUUGGCCUUGUGUUGAGGUCCAUUGAUCAUUUGGAGUUGUUUUGUGAAGGGUGAUAAAUACAAAUCUAUUUGCAUUCUUCUACAUGCAGACUAUCCAGUUUGAUCAGCACCAUUUCUUGAAGAUGCUGUUUUUUUGCCAGUAUGUAUUUCUGGCUUCUUUGUCAAAAAUCACGUGUCCAUAGGUGUGUGGACUGAUGUUUGGGUCUUUGAUUUGAUUCCAUUGAUCAACGUGCCUGUUUUUAUGCCAAUACCAUGCUAUUAUAACUCUGUAGUACAACUUGAAAUCAAGGAUUGUAAUACCUCCAGAAAUUCUUUUAUUAAUCAGAAUUUGUAGUGAUCCUAGUUUUUUUUGUGUUUCCAGAUGAAGCUGAAAAUUAUCCUUUCCAUUUCUGUGAAGAAUUGUGUUGGAAUUUUGAUGGAGAAUGUGUUGAAUCUGUAGAUUGCUUUUGAUAGGCUGGCCAUUUUCACUAUAUUAAUCCUACUGAUCCAUGAGCAUGGGAGAUCUUUCCAUCUUCUGAUAUCUUUUUCAAUUUCUUUACUAUCUUAAAGUUUUUUUUAUUAUACAAGUCUUUCCUUGCUUGGUUAGUUAUCCCAAUAAUAUUUUUGAGGCUAUUGUGAAAGGUAGUGUUUUCCUGAUUUCUUUCUCAGUUUGUUAUUUGUAUAUAGAAAGGCUAACUGAUUUUUGUGUGAUAAUUUUGUAUCCUGCUACUUUGCUGAAAGCAUUUUAUGAGCUGUAGGAAUUUCCUGGUGGAAUUUUUAGGGUCUUUCACGUAUAAAAUCAUAUUAUCUGCAAGAUAAGACACUUUGACUCCUUCUCUUCCUCUUUGUAUCCCCUUGAUCUCCUUCAUUUGUCUUAUCACUCUAGCUAAGUGUCCUAGUAAUAUGUCGAAUGGGUAUAGAAAUAGCGGACAUCUUGUUUUGUUCCUGGCUUUAGUGAGAAUGCUUUGAUUUUUUUCUUCAUGUAGCUUGCUGUAAACUGCCUUUAUAGUGUUGAGGUAUGUCCCUUGUAUCCCUAGUCUCUCCAGGACUUUCAUCAUGAAGGGGUGUUAGGUUUUGUCAAAGGCCUUUUCUACAUUUAUUGAAAUGAUCAUGUGAUUUUUGUCUUUCAAUCUGUUUAUGUGGUAGAUUACUUUUAUCGAUUUAUGCGUGUUGAACCAUCCCUGCAUCUCUGGGAUGAAGUCUACUUGAUCAUGGUGGAUAAUCUUUUUGAUGUAUUAUUGGAUUUGGUUUGUAAAUAUUUUAUUGAGUUUUUUGCAUAUAUGUUCAUAAGGGAAAUUGGUCUGUAAUUUUCUUUUGAUGUUGAGUCUUUGUGUGGUUUAGGUAUCAGAGUUAUUGUGGCCUUAUAAAAAGAAUUAGGCAGCCGGGCAGUGGUGGCGCAUGCCUUUAAUCCCAGCAUGUUACUAGGCUGUGAGAAUGCAGAGACCAUACUGGAGAAUGGGAAGUAUAAUGUGAUUCACCUACCAGAAUCCCUGCCAGAUGAAGCCACUGGAGCAGGGGUUGGUGGUGACGGUGGUGGUGUCCCAGGUGACAUUUGCAGCGAUUUUUAGCUACAAUGCCUUCACCUAGUGAGGAGGAGUCACCAGACCCCAGCCCCGUGUCCAGCAUCUUUGAAGAGGAAAGCUUCCAGUCUCAAUACAGAAUCCUGAGGACCAUCGGCCACGGGAGCAAUGCCAAGGUCCAGCUGGCCCACCACCGCCUCACAGGUACCCCCGUGGCUGUCAAAGUACUUCAAAAGAAGAAGUGGUGCCAGCCAAUCAGGUCGGAGGUAGAAAUAAUGAUGAUAACCAACCACCCCAACAUCAUCUCACUUAUCCAAGUGAUUGAGUCCGAGAAGAGAACAUACCUCAUCAUGGAGCUGGCUGAGGGCCAACAGCUUUAUCAAUAUGUCCGGAAGGCUGGCCACCUGCCGGAACAUGAGGCCCGGGGGAUCUUCAGGCAAAUAAUAGCAGGUGUGAGCUAUUGCCAUGACCAAGGUAUAAUUCACAGGGACCUGAAACCAGACAAUAUCAUGCUGGAUGAGAAGGGAAAAGUCAAAAUCAUCGACUUUGGUCUCGGCACCCAAGUCAAGCCUGGGCAAAGGCUAAGCCGGCACUGUGGCGCCUACUCCUUUGGUGCCCCUGAACUCUUCCUCGGCAGACUUUAUGAUGGACCCAAGGUCGACAUAUGGACCUUGGGAGUAGUCUUAUAUUUCAUGGUAGUCGGUAAGGUCCCAUUUGGUGCUGUCAAUAUCCCGGAGCUGCGGAGGCAGGUUGUGUCAGGGAAGUAUACUGUCCCCCUGGGCCUGUCAGAAGAUCUCCAGGACCUGCUUAGCCUCUUAAUGACCGUCAACCCCAGGCGUAGGCCAACAGUGGAUGAAGUGAAAACACACCCCUGGCUCAGGGAAGACACGGAGGCUUUACCAAAUGACUGUGAGGAAAUGGUCCCCAGCCUGCCUGACCCUGCAAUUGUGAAAGCCAUGGAACAGAUUGGGUUCCAAGCCCAGGAUAUCAAAGAUUCAUUACACCAGAGGAAAUUCGACCAGACCAUGGCAUCCUAUUGCUUACUGCAAGGGCAGGCUCUCCGGGGGUGUGGCUGCACAACAUGUGCCCAGGCCACGAACCCGGGGGCGACGCCAUUCCCUUCCCUAGAGGAUCCUGCUGCUUUCCCUCUAGCACCAAGGAGGAGGGGAAGUGAGCCCGCCCUUGGCACACUGCUCAGAGGGUCAUCCACUAACGGUCAGGUGUCUGCCUAUGGCCAGCAGGCAGGUCAAAGAGGGGCCAGAAAUGCCACCGGGCCGGCUCUUCCUCUCUGCAGGCCACUCCAGAGGACACCCACACUGGACCAAGUCCACCAUCAUGCCAGGAGUGCUCCCUGCAUUUACUCAAAGAGCAGCAUCAGUGAGGACACAGAAGACAGCUCAUGCUCCCACAGCGCCUCAGCAGGGGGCAAGUCCACCCACAGCCGGGGCCAGCGCAGAGGCUUGAGGGCAUGGAAAAGGAGGAUAGGAAAUGCCAUGACAAGACUGUGUUGCUGCUGUCCAUCAAAGAAGAAACCUCGUCGGGGUCAGAACAGCGUCUCCCCUCAAAAAUGAGGCACAAGGAGGGCGUCUGGAGAAGAAGCAGCAGGCAUGGCCCAGAUACCCUUGUGCUUCAUCCUUCCUGUCUGCUCCGAGCUGGUCCCGCCUCCAUUGCUGACUUCCAUUUUCCUGUCACUCUUUAGCGCAAUUCCCACCUUCUCUAAGUGCUUGCAUCCUUUCCUACCUCAACCUUCCCCUCUCUGUAUUCCUCCUCUUCCCAGCAUGGACUCAGUACCACUGAUGCGGACCCCACUCUAGAAGGUUCUCUCGAUGACCCCAUCUCUUCACCUGGACUCCAUCUCCUCCCAAAGCCAACAGCUCCCAAAGAGGACUGGAGGACUGUGGUCUCAGGGACUCUCCCAGGGGCUACCAGCCCAGCACAUGCGGCCGUCAGUCACAAGAGCUGCAGAACAGAGUCUCAAGUUUUCAAAAGCAACAUCACACUCCAUAAGCCUCAAAACCAAUAACCAACAACGCCAUCAACUAAGCGUCCUAGUACAGAGAGUGUGCUGGUUGUUGAAGACAGUCAGUCCUCCUGCAUGCAUGCACAGUCUUUCACAUACUGAUUAUCCCUUUGUUCCUAAGACCUAGUGAUGCACAGAUUUUUAUAGAAAGCAUUUAUAAAAGAAUUCUUUCAAAGAGUUCAACUGGAAAGUAGAAAAAGAAGACAUGACAUAGUAAGGCAAGUCAAAACCCAAGGCAGCAUUCUAAGAAGUAAUUAAAUCUACUUCAUUAUUUCUUUUGUCCAGAACAAAUUAUCUUGUCUCUUUCACGGUGUCAUCUGGAAAUUCUGUCUGGUCCUGAGUAGAAACAGGAGGUGAUUUCAGACACAUGGUCCAAGAAAAGACACAGCAGCAGCAGCAGCUGACCCCCUGGCUUCCCUACCCCUGUGGGAAUCGCUGACUGACUACUCCUGGAGCCAGACGCCAUCUGAUUAGGAAAAUGUUCGGUUUACCUGAACACCAAUAUUCCUAGAAGACACAUGGAUAUUCCUAGGACUAAACUGUUCCCUGGGAGCUGGAGCUGGAAGAAAAGGCAAGCAUACUGUGUUCCUGAUGAGGAACAGCCUCUCCAAGCUGAUGACUGCAACAUGCCUUAUCUAAGCAUGUGCUCAGAUGACUUGAGACCAUCAACCCCUGCCAUCGAGGAGUGAACAAGUUCCUCGCAGAUGGGGUUGUUUGGAGCCACAGGACAUGGGCACAGGACCUAAGCUACUAGGCAGCUCCUAGAUGUAUAUAUUUAUAAGCAGAAGACAUUGUCUCUGUGCUGGAAGAAGUCUGAGUGUCCACAUAGGCCUCACCCUCAGUGUGCCUGACAGGAACUUCAGCCAACACUCGCCCACGGGACAGAACAAUGCUCUGACAAAGACCUCACUUCAGGCUGUGACCUUGGAGACACAGACCACUGAUUCCCUUGACGUGUUGGAGAGGGGGCAGGCAGCCCACGCUGAGGAAUCUUGUCAGUGAGAAGGUCUUCCCAGAAAGGACUGCAGUUGAAAGGGAAACACCACCAAGAUCAAAAUGCCAGGCUCUACUAUAAGUCAAUAGCUAUUGUUAUUGCAUACAUAAAAUUAUAUGUAAUAUGGUUAA